ACUGCGACAACUUGCGGCCCCGAGUCUCUCUUUCAACCUUCACUCUACAGAAUCAAGAGGGGCACCUUCACCAAGCUCCGCGGUGCAUUGGCAGCGGCAUAAUAAUUAUAGGAAAAUAUAAUAUUCUUCAGAAACACCAUGUCCCUUCUGACUGUAAGCAGGCUAGCGCCUAGGCUCCUCAAUUCAAAGAACGCGGCCUGCGUCCUCGUGGCUGCCAGAAACGCCAGUGCAUCAACGAACCUGAAGGAUGUUCUCUCGGACCUCAUCCCCAAAGAACAGAGCCGGAUCAAGAGCUUCAAACAGCAGUAUGGCAAAACCAACAUCGGCCAGAUCACUGUGGACAUGGUAUACGGUGGCAUGAGGGGGAUGAAGGGCCUGGUGUAUGAGACCUCUGUGCUUGAUCCGGAUGAGGGAAUCCGUUUCCGUGGGUACAGUAUUCCGGAAUGUCAACAGCUGCUGCCCAAGGCCCCUGAGGGCCAGGAGCCCCUCCCAGAGGGCCUGUUUUGGCUCCUGGUCACCGGGCAGGUCCCCACAGAGGAGCAGGUGAAUUGGGUGUCUAAGGAGUGGGCCAAGCGGGCGGCCCUCCCCUCCCACGUGGUCACCAUGCUGGACAACUUCCCCACCAACCUGCACCCCAUGUCCCAGUUCAGCGCCGCCAUCACCGCCCUCAACAGCGAGAGCAGCUUCGCCCGCGCCUACUCUGAAGGAGUCAACAAGGCCAAGUACUGGGAGUUCAUCUACGAGGACUCCAUGGACCUGAUUGCGAAGCUGCCGUGCGUGGCGGCAAAGAUCUACCGCAACCUGUACCGCGAGGGCAGCAGCAUCGGGGCCAUCGACUCCAACCUGGACUGGUCCCACAACUUCACCAACAUGCUGGGCUACAGCGAUACCCAGUUCACCGAGCUCAUGAGGCUCUACCUCACCAUUCACAGUGACCAUGAGGGUGGAAACGUCAGCGCCCACACCAGCCAUCUGGUGGGCAGUGCCCUGUCCGACCCCUACCUCUCCUUCAGCGCCGCCAUGAACGGCCUGGCCGGACCCCUGCACGGGCUGGCCAACCAGGAGGUGCUGGUGUGGCUGACUGCUCUGCAGAAGGACCUGGGAGGGGAGGUGUCUGACGAGAAGAUGAGGGACUACAUCUGGAACACGCUCAAAUCCGGGAGGGUGGUGCCGGGGUACGGCCACGCCGUGCUGAGGAAAACGGACCCGCGGUACAGCUGCCAGCGCGAGUUCGCCCUCAAGCACCUCCCCGACGACCCCAUGUUCAAGCUGGUGGCCCAGCUCUACAAGAUCGUGCCCAACGUCCUGCUGGAGCAGGGCAAGGCCAAGAACCCCUGGCCCAACGUGGACGCCCACAGCGGGGUCCUGCUGCAGUACUACGGCAUGACGGAGAUGAACUACUACACGGUGCUGUUCGGCGUGUCCCGGGCCCUGGGGGUCCUGGCCCAGCUGGUGUGGAGCAGAGCCCUGGGCUUCCCCCUGGAGCGCCCCAAGUCCAUGAGCACGGACGGGCUGAUGGCCCUGGUGGGGUCCAAGUCGGGUUAAAGUACCGGGCCAGGGCUGGGGGGAGGGGCAAGAGAAGGGGAGCAGGAGGAGGAAGAGGUGUCUACCCCUGGGGUGGGGGAUUCAAAGACAGUACGCUUUUAAAUGUAUUUCAAAAUAUAUCUGUAAAAAGGGCCUUUAGAUUGCGUUAGGUUACCAAAUAAAGUGGCAUACACUGAUAAAAGUUUCCACAAAAAAAACACCAGAUUUCUAAAAGGGAGGAGGAACUUUUUUUUUUUUUGAAGUCUGUAUUUAUUCCCCUGUUUUUGUAACCACACAUGCUUAAAAUCGAUUUUAGAAAGUUAUUUUCCAGUAAGAAUACGCGCCGUUGGUUUGAAGCUGAGCUUAAUUAAGAAAAGAAGCCUAUUCUUCCCCGAGUUCAGGGAGACGACUGGCCAAUCGUAAUGCUCUCGUGCUCCGUGCUGGCCAAUGGCGCGUCGUCUUGUCCCACCACGAGCCGUUCCCGCGCCCCGUCUGACCGACACAUGGCCCUUUCCCCCACGCUGUGGUUUGGAAGCUUCCAGAAGCCCCAAGUUUGGCUCAGUUAAAAUGAGUACCCGCUCACGAGGUGGCCUGUUGAAGCCGGGGCAAACGCUGAGACUGACACGGCAGGCUGGCCGUGGAGUGACUGGUUGUCCCGCACAAACUGCGGCGCUCCGAUUCGAUUCCCUUCGCCCAACCGCCUCUUCCUCGGGCCGCUGCCGUUCUUGCGUCAUGGCACACAGUGUGUUCAUAAAGAUGGGGGUUUCUGGAAGCAUCCAGCUCAUCAGCCUGCAGCCCUGUGGUAGUCCAAUGAGCCCUUUCCACCACUACCCUACUCGCCAGCGCACACCGACGCCCGGGCAUGGCACAACUAGUCACCUCUGAACCUGGCAGGCCGCAUUAAUCAAAAUCUGCCCUCUUCUCAUUUGGCAAAUUCGCACGCACAAACCUUAAACUGACAGGGCGAGCUGCUCCCGAGGGUUGGAUAUCUCUCGAAUGGCGCUACCAGUGUUUGCUUGAAUCUCUAGAUCAUGCCAACUCGAACACGAAAACUGAACAAAUCUUCUGCCCGAUAAGCUUUCCUGCACGUCUUUGCCCCGGCCUCAACCCAAACGGCCCACAGCGGGAGAACUCCCCGUCACAGCACUCCACGAUAGGGGAGCCCUUUCACUUCCUUUCCAGGCUCCCGUUAAGACUACAGAUCUGGCCGUUCCCCCAUCCCCCCUCCCCCCAGUAGGUCAGUUUAGAGGGUACUGCCCAUUUAAAUCGACGAUCCUCACACGACGCUCCCGCCUCAGCAUGCCCACCUCCGAGACGGCUUUUUCUGAUCCGAGUAACCUGCCCGUGACCGUGUCUGCCUUCUGUUUCUGAACCCUGGAUGUCUUUGAAAGGUGUAAGGUGUAACUAAUUUAAAUUAUAGUUUGGUGUGUGGAAAAGGAUAAAAUGGGUGCUGGAUUUCUUUUGCUGAGGAGGUGGAGGGCAGUUUUCGGUUUUGUUUUUUCUCUUUAUUUUCCCCUCCUAUUCUCCCCCCACCUGAGAGCAGCCAGGAAACGUUAGGAAGGUGCCUUCCAGGAGGCCAUCUUGUACAUUUGAAGCCAGUUUAAAUUCUGUGUUUAAAUGGUUGUGUGUACUUAGUUUUUUUUAGUUUUUUUGACAACAUCGGAGCACUUCAGUGAUCUGCUACUCCUAAAUGAGCACUUGACUCUAAAUCGGCAGUGGCCACCCUUUGUUUGACGUAGUUCCCCUUUAGAUGACUUGGUUUGGUGUGUAAUAUCCAUGUAUUGUAAUGAAGAAAAUUUGUCAGCUUGCAAUUGGUCUAAAAUGUUUUACUUCUGGAGCAUAACUCCGUAAACAGACAUUGGUGUUGAUGCUGGAAUUCUGGCUUACACACUAAGGCACACAUGUACAAACGCACAUGCAACCAAACAUGCAGACUCACCAAAUGCAGACACACACACACACACACACACACACUUCUCUGCAGGCUGUUCUACUCUUAAUUAUUUGUGCUAACGUUAGUUGACACGAACAGGAAGAGACUAGCCUUUAAUCCUUUAUUUGUAAAUAACGUGGCUGGUCAGUUAGGGGUAUAUUUAGGGGAGUCCUCCUGGACAGUGCGCUGUAGGCUCUGUUCCUGGGCUGCUCUCAGGUCUAACGGGACGGGGGGGGGGGUCCCAGCCCACCUUUACCUGUCUCUGCACAGGUUGUUAAACACUCCGUUUUUCCCCUGGGGGGCGCCACCCGCUGGCUCCCUGCCCUGGGUGCACGCUCUCCCUCCUGCUCGAGUCCUGCUUCCCGCUUCUGUGUGCUCGAGUCCGGUGCGCUAGUCCUGUUCUUUCUCACGUGACGUUCGUCCCGCUGUCUCGUUCUCACACUGUGUGUGUGUGCGGGUGUGUGUCUGUCCGGUUUAUAUCCGUGUGAUUUAGGUCCCAUUGUGAGGUCACAGCGCAGGUCACUCUGAUUGGAUGAUGUGGAGUGUGAGGGCAGGGGGUGUUGAGGGGGGAAUAAU